CGCAAGUGCUAAGUACUACGGUGCGUGCAAUUGAUCUGUAGACAUGAUCGAGAUCAUUGAUCGGGGACAUGUCUCAUGGCACGUGACACAUUCCCUCUGCUUCCGCAUCUCUACGUACCAAUGGCCGACAAAUUUGACGAGGCUACUCAAAAAGAACUUUCGUCUUUCUUGGAGAGGCAACAAGUCGAAGCGCGUCUCCACUCAUCCAUCCAGACUUUCACCGACACAUGCUGGGACAAGUACAUUGUCGCGUGCAUAACUGGAGCUCCCUCCACCCGGUUUUCGCGUUCAGAGGAGAGUUGCCUGGCCAAUUGCGUUGAAAGAUUUCUGGAUACGUCACUGUUCAUGGUGAAAAAGAUCGAGGACCAGCGAGCUGCGUUACAAGGAGGAAACAACGGGUCUAUCUAACAACGUUAACGGGUCCGAAUAUUACAAGUACCGUAUCACCGGGAAAUCAUCGCCUCCCAACUAGUCUUUCUGCCA